CUCCCUGUCCAUAUAUCUGAUCACUCAUGGGGCUGUGGGUUUUCUGAGCAGACCCAGAAAUCUAGAGAGAGAGAGCUGAGAUGGUGAAGUUUUCGAAGGAGCUGGAAGCACAGCUAAUCCCAGAAUGGAAGGAAGCCUUUGUGAAUUACUGGCAGCUGAAGAAAUACAUUAAGAAGAUCAAGCUCUCAACAUCAAAACCCCCCCACCCAAUUAAGCCCUCCUUCAAUUUCCCCUCCUCCUUUCUUCUCCAUCCCUUUCGCUCUCUCCACACACACAUCUCUGAAAAAUCCCAACACAAAUCUUCAGAUCACAUCAUUCAGCAGGUGAAGUCAAAAAGUACUACAGACGCUGCCGAUGAAGAGCGAGAACCUAAAGAUGAACAAGAAGAAGAGCAUCUGCAUGAAACUGAACUCCGUCAGUUCUUUUCUAAAGAAGAUGAGGUGGGAUAUUUUUUUGAGAAUCUGGAUGUAGAGGUGGACAAAGUGAAUAAGUUUUACAGGAGCAAGGAGAGUGAGUUUUUGGAGAGAGCCGAGAUUCUAAAUAAGCAACUUCAAACCCUUCAAGACCUCAAACAAAUUUUAUCCGAUCGACGCCGAAAGUCUACUGCAGGAAUCUUUCCCAAUCAUUCUUACUCAUCAUCUACUCGAAGCUUCGGUUACACCUCAGAAAGCCCCGGGGAGCCCAACGGAACACCUGGAAACAUCGCACCGGCGGAGGACGGAACGGCGGCGGCGGAUGAAAGGAACUGCGUCAAUUUGGCGGCGUCGGCCGCGAGAGCGAAGACGAGGAGUGGGCAUAAUAUGGGGAGGAUUGGGAUGACAAGGAUCGAAAUUCCGGCGACGACGCCGGCGCGAACCAUAACGGCGGUGACAUCCAUGUUGUGGGAGGAGUUAAUCGUAAACAAUAAUAAUAAUAAUAAAAAUAGUCCAAAGAAAGAUAAUCAAGGGGGGUCGGCAGAUUUCAUAAACAGAAAGAAGAUACAGUGUGCAGAAAAGAUGAUCAGAGGAGCCUUUGUGGAACUCUACAAAGGCCUUGCUCUCCUCAAAACUUACAGCUCGUUGAAUAUGGUGGCAUUUGUGAAGAUUCUCAAGAAAUUUGAUAAGGUAUCAAACCAACAAGCAUCAGCAAACUACCUGAAAGCAGUAAAGAGAUCCCAUUUCAUUAGUUCUGAUAAGGUGGUGAGACUAAUGGAUGAAGUGGAGUCCAUAUUCACAAAGCACUUCGCCAACAGUGAUAGGAAAAAGGCAAUGAAAUUCUUAAGACCCCAACAGCAGAAAGAUUCUCACAUGGUCACCUUCCUUGUUGGGCUGUUCACAGGUUGUUUUGUGACUCUAUUUUGUGUGUAUGCAAUCUUGGCACACUUAACUGGAUUGUUUUCCAUCCGAACUAAUCAACCAGCCUACAUGGAAGUUGUAUACCCUGUUUUUAGCAUGUUUGCAUUGCUAAGCUUGCAUAUAUUCAUGUAUGGAUGCAACGUGUUGAUGUGGAAGACUACAAGGAUCAACUACAACUUCAUCUUUGAAUUCUCUCCCACCACAGCUCUCAAAUACAGAGAUGCAUUCCUCAUAUGCACCUCCUUCAUGACCAUGGUGAUUGGAGCCAUGGUUGCCCACCUCAUUUUACGUGACGCUGGGUUUUCUCCCCAACAAGUUGAUGUCAUUCCUGGACUCCUCCUUCUGCUUUUCAUUGCCCUCCUCAUUUGCCCAUUUAACAUCUUCUACCGCCCAACUCGAUACUGCUUCAUACGAACCUUACGCAACAUCGCUUGCUCUCCCUUUUAUAAGGUUUUGAUGGUAGACUUUUUUAUGGCUGACCAACUCACUAGCCAGAUUCCAUUGUUGAGGCACAUAGAAUCCACAGCUUGCUACUUUGUAGCUGGUAGCUUUAAAACCCACCAAUUUGAAACAUGCAAGUCUGGAAAGCCAUACAGGGAGCUUGCUUAUGUUAUCUCCUUCUUGCCAUAUUAUUGGCGUGCCAUGCAGUGCGCGAGACGAUGGUUCGAUGAGUGUGACACGAAUCACUUGGCCAACUUGGGGAAGUAUGUUUCGGCCAUGGUGGCUGCGGGCGCUCGAUUGACGUAUGCACGACAGCCAACCCAGUUGUGGAUGAUCAUAGUUCUGGUCACUUCUGUCGUUGCUACACUUUACCAAUUGUACUGGGACUUUGUCAAAGACUGGGGACUCCUUCACCCAAACUCCAGGAACCCAUGGCUUAGGGAUGAUUUGAUUCUAAAGAAAAAAGGCAUCUAUUACAUCUCCAUUGUCUUGAAUUUGGUUUUGAGGGUUGCUUGGGUUGAGACAGUAACCCGAUUCAACAUCGGGAUGUUUGAGUCACGGUCCCUGGACUUUCUUGUGGCUUCUUUAGAGGUUAUUCGGCGCGGGCAUUGGAAUUUUUACAGGUUGGAGAAUGAACAUUUGAACAAUGUGGGCAAGUUUAGGGCAGUGAAGACUGUUCCUUUACCAUUCAGGGAGACUGAUUCUGAUGGUUGAGAAAGUUGGCAACACAGAUGUAUAUAUACUUUCUGCAAGCGCGGGAGGAGAAAGAGAUAUCCCCAUUUUACUUUGGCAAUGCUGUAGAUUAUUUCCCUCAUCAAGAAUUUGGACUGUAAGGUCCAUGGCGUACUCAAGAAAGAAUGCAGCUAAGGACAUUUGAUUUUGUAACUUUGUACAUUCAUCUAUUUUUAACUUUGAUUCAAUAAUAAAAAUGUAAUGUCAAAUUUUCAUC